CCGGCGUUAAGGACACAACAGGUUAUUAGCGCUUCUUAAUGCUGGGAGAGUAAGAAGAGACAGUCAUGUCUGCGAGGGAAAGACUUAAAGAGAAGAUGAUCAAAGAAAGCGUUACACUGCUGCCAUGCUUUUAUUUCGUGGAGCUUCCUCUUCUGGUCUCAUCUGUGGCCAGCUUGUAUUUUCUGGAAUGGACAGACAUUUUCAAACCGGUCCGCUGGGGUUUCAGCUGCCAGGACCGCAGUUUGAGUCUGCCAUAUAUCGAACCCUCACAUGAGGUCAUUCCAUUCCUUAUGCUCCUCAGCCUCACUUUUGCAGCUCCUGCCAUUACGAUUAUGAUCGGAGAGGGGAUUCUGUUCUGCUGUCUGUCCCGAGCGCAAUGUGGGGGCGGGGCUGAAGCUGAUAUCAACGCUGCUGGCUGCAAUUUUAACUCUUUCAUCCGGCGAGGUGUCAGGUUUGUGGGGGUUCACGUGUUUGGCCUGUGUGCCACGGCUCUAAUAACUGACAUCAUCCAGCUGUCGACGGGUUACCCAGCCCCCUACUUCCUGACUGUAUGCAAGCCCAGUUACACCCACCUCAACACCUCCUGCAAUGAAAGUUCCUUCAUCCUGGAGGACAUCUGCUCAGGAUCUGACCCUGCUGUCAUCAACGCUGGCAGAAAAUCGUUCCCCUCUCAGCACGCCACACUGGCGUCUUUUGCUGCCGUGUAUGUCUCGAUGUACUUCAACAGCACACUGACGGACUCUUCCAAACUGCUGAAGCCUCUGCUGGUCUUCUGCUUCACUAUCUGUGCCAUCAUCUGCGGACUGACCCGCAUCAUACAGCACAAGAAUCAUGCCAUUGACGUUUACUUGGGCUUCCUGCUUGGUGGUGGCAUCGCUGUUUACCUAGGUUUGUUUGCUGUUGGGAAUUUCCAACCCAGCGAGAAGAAACGAACAAAUAAUUUUUCUGUUCGGGAUUCUCACCGAACUGUGACUGACCUCUGUCAGCAGGGUCACCACCUCCCUGCCAAGAGCUGCAGCGGCAGAGACAGGCUCUCAUCAUCAUGCUCUGAGAGCAUCCUGCACCGGAAUGCCCAGCACCAGGACAGAUCUCUUAGCAGCCUGAAGAGACCUGGUGGAGAUGUAGAGGCCAUCACUCCCCGCAGUCCUCCACACAAGGAGAACAUGGUGACCUUCAACACCCUGCCCAGAGUGCAUAUGUCCCCGAUGGAUGAGUCCGCCUUCCCCAACACCACCAUCCACACCUCCUCGGUGGAUUCAAGUCGAUCCAAGCAGCUGUUGUCGCAAUGGAAGAGCAAAAACGAGAACCGUAAACAUUCCCUGAACGCCACUGAAGGUGGAGCCGUACAAUCUCCGCCCAACAGCAUGGAGGUCCGCUGCAGCUCUGAACCGUUAGUUGUGGGAAUCAACUGUGAACACCAGGCAUCUGGAACGCCGUACCUCAAACUGGCUACUGGAAGUACGACUCUACACAACAACCCUAGCGGAAUCGCUGGUGGUGCACGGAUGCCUGUCCAGUUGGUGCACAUACCAGAGGAGAUGCAAGAGAACAUGGGCAGCUUGCCGAACAGCAGCAGCGUUCAGGACAAAUGGCUGAAGAGCAUGGAGAGAAGUGUGGACAAGUGUGAGGUACCGGUGGUUAGGAUUAAUUCUAAUGGUCAGCCACGAAACAUGCAGGUCCUUGUGACGUCCAAGCAGCAAGGUCUUCUGCAAGAAAGUUCUCUCAGUUCUGAGAUCAGUAGCCACACCAGCUCUACAGCACCAUUGCAGCGCUACAAGAGCUUGACCGAGGAGUCUGGAGGCCAGAGCAGCACAGGGGCCAUCAUAAGAGUGGAAGCCCAUCCUGAAAACGUCCGGCCCUUAGUGCAUGCACACUCCACAGACGGAAGCAGCUCUUGGACCUGGAAGUCCCAAAGUAGUUUUAGACAGUCAUUUGAGCUUAACGACUUGAAUCGAGAUUCAGAGAGCUCGGAAUCCGCUCGGAACGGGAACAGCUCUAUAGACAGAAAGAGGAACGGCCCUAAAGCCGUUGCCGUGCCAACUGUUCCCAGCAUUUCCACACCAGGCAGAGACCAUCAUCCCAACCAGACCAUUUCUACCAUUAGGGUCACUCCCAUGGAAAUUACCGAAUCUGGGCCAGGGAGCCGCGAUUCUAGCUUGAACAGAAAAAACAGGAUCCUGAUCCCUGAGAGAGGAAACAGCCCGGACACAACCAGGAACAUUUUUUACAAGGGAACAUCCACCACGCCGGCUUUCAAAGAGUAGACUCAAAUACUCAUUAGAGGUUGGGUGUGUUUUCGUGGAAAGAUUUGCUAUAUUUUUUUCUGUAACACUGUACAACAAGGUUCUUCCCAUUACUAUAAUUUAACAAAUAGUUAACUUUAACAAGGAAGAAUACUUCUACAGCAUUUAUUAAUCUUUGUUCAUGUUAAUUUGUAUUUACUAAUACAUGUUUAAAAUUAAAAGUUAAAGGAGAUGCAAGGAGAUGCAUUUUGAACUAACAAUGAACAAUAGUAUAUUUAUAAAUUAAGAUUAUCCAAGAAUAACUAAAGGUGUAAAAAAAAAAAAAAAAAAUCUUUUUUUUUUAUGGUACAGGGCCUACAGUAUUGCAUUAAGUAAUGCGAACAUAGAACAUUAAUAUAAAUUGUUAAAAUAUUUCUUUCACAUUUUCAGUCCUUUUUACUUUGUUUUUCAGAUGACUCAUACCACCACUUGUUAUGCAUGAGAUCACUGAAAUAUAAAAUAUAUAACAGCAGGAAAAGCACAAAACCCAAGUGGUUGAAAUUCUUAUUAGUUUUGUGAUAACUUUAUCAUAAGUGUAUAGUGGCAAUAAAUGACAUAGAAAUGAUUUUACCCUCAUUGUGAACCUAGAACUGUGACCGUGCCAAGUUUAAAUUGAAACACAUUAAGCAUUUAUCAUCUCCGAUAUCUCAAGUCUGUGAUUUUGCACAUUGCGCUAAUAAAUCAUACUCUCGUUCAUACUGUGCACCGAUAACUAUGCUAGCUGAAACUCUUAUUUUUGUAUUCUGUAAAUAGCUUUUUAAAAUGGUGCUGCCCUAUUCUGAGAAUACUAUAUAAAAAAAGAGAGUAGAUAAAAAUAAAAACUCUUGAAAAAUGGAAAAUGUUAUUGUUUUCCUGUAUGUCCACUCGUGUGAACUUUUGAAUUACUGUAAGCGCUUUGAAAUUUCUUUGUAGCAAAUGAAAGUCUGGAAAUGAUAUGCACUUCACAUUUACUACUUGCAAUACGAAUAUUCAUUUCUUCCAUUGUCACUGUACCUGUUUCCUAAUCAGGUGCAAAGUGCAAGUCAUUUGUCUGUCACUGAAAGCGAAAAUGCUGUGGUGCACGACACAUUGACAGCUAAAAAUAACAUAUUUGAUGUUUAAUAAUUAUGUAGAGAAGAAUUUUGGAUCAAUGAGAAUUCACUGUGGGUGAGACUACCCAGUGCAUCUAAUCAACUUAAAAAAUGUCCUGUUGUUUAAUGGCUUUAUACCUGAUUAGGACACCAUGUGAGAGUACAGUAUUAUUGUAAAAGCUCACCUAAUUUUUAUCUUCCACUCUACUCAAGUGUAUAUUUGCAUAAAAUAAUACCUUUUACUUAUUUCCCCUAUUGAUUCUUUUGUGGGUUAGCUGUAUUAGUAGCCAGCCGAUAUUCUGUGUUGAUUUUAUAACUAGUUCCAUUUUCGUUUUUUAAAGCCAAACAGAUAUAUUAUGUUUUAUUCACUUAUGUUUAGCCCAAAAAUAAAAUAAAAAUGUCUUUACUGUACACAAAGAGAUUUGCAAAUGAAGGCAAAAUGAAAACAAGUGUUGCUCGUUAAAGUGAUAGUUCACCCAAAAAUGAAAAGUCUCUCAUCAUUUACUCACCCUCAUGCCAUUCCAGAUGUGUAUGACUUUCUUCUGCAGAACACAAAUUAUGAUAUUUAGAAGAAUAUUUCAGCUCCGUAGGUCCUUACAAUGCAAGUGAAUGGGUGCCAAAAUUUUGAAACUCCAAAAUCAACAUAAAGGCAGGAUAAAAGUAAUCCAUAUGACUCCAGUGGUUAAAUCAAUGUGUUCAGACACGAUGUGAUAGGUGUAGAUGAGAAACAGAUCAACAUGUGAAGCUGCACUAUGUAAUAUUUUUUGGUUAAAAAUGAAUAAAUUGCCAUUAUUGAUUGAGUACAUAAACAGUGUUCAAAACAAUGUUCUUACCUUACCCCAGUUCUCUAAGGUAAGCCUAUAAAAAUGAUUUGUAUUUUGAGCUGUCCGGUUCGAUUUGGCGCGAAAUCGCUGGCUUAUGACGUAUAUCCUUGCAUCAUUACGUCAUGUCCGUGAACAAAGGAAAGAAGAGCCGGCUGUCUCGUUCCCAUGCAAACAGUAGAUGGCGGUAAUGCACUGUUUUGGUUUGCGAGUAGCCGUAAAAAGAAGAAAAAACAGUCACACACUGUUCCGGACAGCAUCGCAACAGUCUUUAUGGACGUUUAUCUGUUAUCCAUUUGGUGAAGUUGUUUACCUGCUAUAAUGCUUGGAUAUGUUGUCUGGUAGGGUAUUAGUUGAAGCUAAUAUUGCUUGUUAUGCUUGUAUGAAUCGAACAAUACUCGUGAGUUAACCGAGUUAAUCGCGAUGUAUCUGCGUUGUCGGGGGGAGUUACUGUGACAUGUUUACUGAUAUGUAUGACUUCUGAAAUUGACUGUUAACUGUUAUAUGCAUUUUUAAGCAUAUUAUUUUCAUUUUUAAUAAAGUAUAUUUUAUCCCCAUCAUUAUUCAAUCCUCGCUUUAUGUUUUUAGUUUACUGUGUUAUUUUGUGCAUUCAUAGACAUACUAUUUUAGUAUAAUGGUUCACUUGCAUUAUCAACUGAGGAUGUACAAUAUAAUAUAACAAUAACAAGUCUUCCAUUGAACUUAUAUCAGCCAUAUCACGAGUAUCACCUUUUCAGUUGAUAAGUUGAAACAAACAUUAAUGGUAGAUAAAAUUGAAAAAAGAUAAUUGAAUAAUUAUAUUAAAAUAUACCGGCAUUGAUUGUGGUGAUUGAGUCCCCUCUUCUUUAUGUAAAAGCACUUUACGUAAAAGCACUUUGAGUGUAGUGUCAGAAAAGCGCUAUAAAUGUAAAAUCCAUUCAUUCAAAAUAUGUGAAUACGAGUGUUGUUUAUUUUCAUCAAAGCAAGUAAUAUUUCAAUUUUAAAUGUUUAAAGUUAUCGUAAUUAUAUCAACAUGAAAAUAGCACGUUAUGACUCCGGCUUUGAAUAUCUCCAGUCAUGAUCACACACAGGUGAUGUCCAGGUAAUCUCAAAUCAUGAGAUUCAUCCGCCAGAAGAGCAGUGCCGAAACACGACUCACGUUUAGUGUUCUUCCGCAAAUUGCUUGCAAUUUUAAGUUUCAACCACAGAUGUCGCUAGAGAGCACAAAGUUACAUAGUGCAGCUUUGAGCCAUUUUUUUUUUUUUUUGUCAUAAAUUCUCCUCCCUGCCCAUUGUGGGCGAUAUGCAAGAAGGAUGUGAAUCACCAAAAACAGUAGAAGGAGAAUGAGAAAGUGAAAGUGGAAAUUGACUGAGAGGGGAGAAGAAUUUAUACUAAAAAAAGGACUUAAAUAUUGAUUUGUUUCUCACCCACACCUAUCAUAUCGCUUCAGAAUAGAGUAUAUGGAUUUAACCACCAAAGUCAUGGCACCCAUUCAGUUACAUUGUAUGGACCUAAUGAGCUGAGAAAUUCUUCUAAAAAAUCUUCGAUUGUGUUCAGCAGAAUAAAGAAAGUCAUACACAUCUGGGUUGGCAUGAGGGUGAGUAAAUAAUGAGAGAAUUUUCAUUUUUUAGGUGAACUAACUAGUGAACUUUAAAUCUAGUGUCAUUUUAGCUAUUAAUAACUAUAGCAAACAUACUGUAGAGUCCAUGUUAAUAAACUGUGUAAAUUUGUAUAAACUGUACAAUUUUGUGCCAAAAGGUAUUUUAAAGUGAAGAGUCUCUGUUUUAAAACAUUUCUAUAAAAAUCUGUAUUCUUAUAAACUGACCCAGAAACAGUGUGUCAGCACAGUUGUAGCCACUGCAUGGUAGUUUGAUAUUUCACAUGUUUUUUGUUUCCUUUUUGUAAAUUACGCAUUAAUUUAGCAGCUGCAAGUGUGAUUAUUUAUACCGAAUAUAGAACACUUGUUGACAAUGUUUACACAGUAGAUGAUGUUAUUUUAAAUCACACCAGAAUACACUGUAUGUUACAGUAUUUCUAACACAGCAGAUAGUUUUUAGGUUAAUGUGUAAUGAUGAUUUUAAAAAUGCAUUAAGUGUGUGUGUGUGUGUGUGUGUGUGUGUGUGUGUGUGUGUGUGUGUGUGUGUGUGUGUGUGUGUGUGUGAGGGCAUGUUUAAGUGGUUUACGAGGACUUUUUUUUUUUUCAGGUUGUAAACUGGUAAUUACAAGGGUGUGUACAAAUGCGGUUUAUGAGGACAUUUCUAGUGUCCCCAUAAUUCUAAUACUAAAUGAUGUUUUAUUGAAAAUUUAAAAAUGCAGAAAGUUUUUUGUGAGGGUGAGGGUUAGGUUUAGGGGUAGGGUUAGUGUUAGGGGAUAGAAUCUAUAGUUCGUACAGUAUAAAAAUAAUUAUGUCUGUGGAGAGUCCUCAUAAUGAUAUGAUAUAUAAUAUAAUGAUAUAUAAUGAUAUCACCAACGUGUGUGUGUGUGUGUGUGUGUGUGUGUGUGUGUGUGUGUGUGUGUGUGUGUGUGUGUGUGUGUGUGUGUGUGUUGAAGAAAAUGUUACUCUGUAGCACUCUGUGAAACUGUCAUCAACAUAGUGAUGUGAGGUUUAGUUUGGAUAGGAAUGAAUCCAAUCAGACCUGUUAUAGUGAUGUUAUGUGUUCACAGCAAACUGACACAGAACAACGUCAAGCUCUGUUUAAUGUACGUCACCUCUGAAAAUACAGUCCAUUUCUCACAUAACAUUUCUUGUUUGUUUUUUUUACUCAAGUAACAAGGUAGAGGAAGAAAACUUUGCUGUAUUAGUGUUUGA